UUGUCUGGAGGAAUCAGCCUCAGACUGUCCGCGGAGACACAUCUUUGUGUCGGACUGUACGGCGGGAACCAGGAGCGGACCGCGGCUGCAGCUCCAUGCCUCGCUGCGCCUCCAGAUGCUCGGCUGGCCACCACAUGGUAACUUUGCGCACACGGCACGCUGGACAGAUGACAUGUAGAGAGAGAGAGAGGGGAUCUGAAUGAAUGGGACUGAGAUUUACUCGCAUUUCUCUUCUCGCCUCCUCCCCACAGACUGUUGUAUGUGUUGUGUAUCCCGCUGGUUGAAGGUGUCUCACGUUAUAGUCAGAUAUCGAUUCAGCGGUGGGUAGAUCCAUCACUGGAACCGGGAGCAGCAAAUGUCGAAGAAACGGAAAAGUCCUGACGACCACGGCUUCGAGGGAUCUCUGCCUGCAGGACCCAGCGACCAAGGCUUGACAGAUGAGAAAGUGAAGGCCUACCUUUCGCUGCACCCGCAGAUGCUGGACGACUUUGUGUUGGAGAGUGUGAGUGCAGAGACGUUGGACAGAUGGCUGAAGAAGAAGACCAGCAGCAGGCCUGCAGAUGACACGUCAGCGAAAGAAGUCAGCAGGUACCAGGACACAAAUAUGCAGGGUGUGGUGUACGAACUCAACAGCUACAUGGAGCAGCGCCUGGACACUGGAGGAGACAACAAACUCCUGCUCUAUGAGUUGUGCAACAUCAUCAAAACAGCAACUAAAGCUGAUGGAUUUGCACUUUACUUCUUGGGAGAAUGCAACAAUAGUUUAUGUGUGUUCAUUCCGACGGGGGCCAAGGACGGCCCUUCAGGCCUCAUCCCCUCCGGCCCCAUCGCAUUUGGGACAACCAUUGCCGCUCAUGUUGCCAAGACUCGCAAAACACUGCUCGUAGAGGACAUCAUGGGGGACGAGCGCUUCCCCGAAGGCACAGGGCAGGACUCAGGGAUCCAUGUUCACUCUGUCCUGUGCCUCCCCAUCCUCACUGCCAUCGGGGACCUCAUUGCCAUUCUGGAGCUGCAUCGGCACUGGGGCAAGGAGCCCUUCAACCUCAGCCACCAGGAGGUUGCAACAGCGAACUUAGCGUGGGCGUCAGUUGCCAUUCAUCAAGUACAGGUGUGCAGAGGCCUCGCCAAACAGACUGAGCUCAACGACUUCCUACUAGAUGUGUCAAAAACAUACUUUGAUAACAUUGUGGCAAUAGAUUCUCUACUUGAACAUAUUAUGAUAUAUGCAAAAAACCUGGUGAACGCGGACCGGUGCGCACUCUUCCAGGUAGAUCACAACAACAAAGAACUGUACUCAGACCUGUUCGAUAUCGGGGAAGAGAAAGAAGGAAAACCUGUCUUUAGGAAAACCAAAGAAAUUAGGUUUUCUAUAGAGAAGGGAAUAGCAGGUCAGGUGGCUCAGACAGGGGAAGUCUUAAAUAUCCCAGAUGCCUAUGCAGAUCCACGGUUCAACCGAGAGGUGGACCUGAAAACCGGCUACACCACACGGAACAUCCUGUGCAUGCCCAUCGUGAGCAGGGGAACCGUUAUCGGUGUGGUGCAGAUGGUGAACAAGCUAAACGGAAGUGCCUUCACUAAAACAGAUGAGAACAACUUUAAGAUGUUUGCUGUCUUUUGUGCUCUGGCCUUACACUGUGCAAAUAUGUACCACAGGAUCCGGCACUCUGAAUGCAUCUACAGAGUGACGAUGGAGAAACUGUCUUAUCACAGCAUCUGCACAUCGGAAGAAUGGAAGACCCUCACCCAGCUCAACCUCCCUGCACCAAUUUAUAAAGAGAUCGAAACGUUCCACUUUGACAUCAAUCCCUUUGAGGAGAUCUGGCCUGCGGUCUUUAUCUACAUGGUUCAUAACUCCUGUGGAAAGACCAGCUUUGAGCUGGAGAAGCUGUGCCGGUUCACCAUGUCCGUACGGAAGAACUACCGACGUGUGCCCUACCACAACUGGAAGCAUGCAGUGACGGUGGCACACUGCAUGUAUGCCAUCCUACAGAAAACCUCUGGGAUCUUCACAGAGCUUGAGAAGAAAGGUCUGUUGAUAGCCUGCCUGUGCCAUGACCUGGACCACCGGGGUUACAGCAAUGCGUACCUGCAGAAGUUUGACCAUCCACUGGCUGCUCUGUAUUCCACCUCCACCAUGGAGCAGCACCACUUCUCUCAGACCGUCUCCAUCCUGCAGCUGGAAGGGCACAAUAUUUUCUCCAACCUGAAUUCCAUUGAGUACGAGCAGGUGCUGGAGAUCAUCCGGAAGGCCAUCAUUGCCACGGACCUCGCCCUCUACUUCAACAACCACCAGCAGCUGUCAGAGCUGCUGACCAAGGGUGGGCUGGACUUUAACAACUACUCGCACAGGGACCGUGUGAUUGGUCUGAUGAUGACAGCAUGUGACCUGUGUUCUGUUACCAAGCAAUGGCAAAUCACACGACUCACAGCCAACGACAUCUAUGCUGAGUUCUGGGCUGAGGGAGAUGAGAUGAAGAAGAUUGGGAUGCAGCCGAUCCCAAUGAUGGACAGAGACAAGAAGGACGAGGUUCCCCAAGGCCAAGUGGGGUUCUACAAUGCUGUUGCAAUUCCAUGUUACACAACACUAGCAGAGCUUUUCCCUCCAUCCAGUCCUCUACUAAAAGCCUGCAAGGAGAACCAUGGUCAGUGGGAGAAGAUUGCAAAGGGGGAGGUGGAGGACGUGGUGCCCAGCCGACCUAGUGAUUCAGGCCCCGUCAAGGUGGAAAACUGACGACCAAAGGGGUCUCUGGCCCACCAAAGGAACACAACCUGAGUCCUGCCACAGACCUGGAACUCCUGCAGGAGGAAGAACCUACAUGUGUCAGCGGUAGACGGAUCAGCUAAAGGCGACUUGACUUUAAAAGAAACAAAAACACACACAGUUACCUCAUUGGGUGACGGAGGUGUCAACACUGGCGGUUUCACCAAUCCCAGAGACUGACAGACAGCUGAUGGGGCUGAGGGACUUCAACCCAUCACCCUACGUCCACUCAGCUUGGGAAUUCAUUUGGUAGAAUGGACCUGUGCUGUUAUGGUUGUUUUAUUUUGGUUGUUAUAUGUAUCUUAUUAUUUUUGCUGAUUCUUUUAUGGUCUUGUAUUUGCAGAGGCCUUACUCUGAACCUUUCACAGGCUAGGAUAUGUGAAAUCUUGUUGUCGGUUCAGGCUUUCUUUUUGUUUUUUUGAAAUGGUACUGUUUGCCUUCUGUGGUAGGGUUUAUCGUAUGUGCACUACUUCGGCAAGGUGUUCCCAGAGACAGAAGGAAUGUGUAGAGCAGAUGUAUGGUAUAAUGCCACCUUAUUGAGAAGGUGGGCGUCAGAAUGUUAAUUUUCUUUUAUCACUUUUUGAGCAAAAAUCCUUUGCAGUACUUGAAUAAAGUGAUACAGCCUAUUCCUAGGUGGAGAUUGCAGAAAUCCCCCCUGCAGCAUAUAAAACUAAAUAUGGAUGAACUGUGAUGAGAGGAGUUAGAUAAUGUGGACACUUGUGAACGCAGUCACAAGAGAGUCACAAUGUUUCUCCCCAGUGGGACCCCUCAGCACUGCCCCCCAGCUCCCCAUGACAUUUAGGAACCUGCUGUAGAAAUACAUGGACUCCCCUCUGAUCAACAGGAUCUGACCCAGGGCCAGCAGUCAUAAUGUUUGGUGGAGGGAGGUCACGAGACAAAAAGAUGCACAAAUAGAAUCACUGCUCGUGUCAUUUAUAGUCAGACAACACUGCGUACUACUGAGUCUCCACUGUCAUAACAAUAUUUUUACACCACUAUCACAUUGUGAAUUAUCUACUUUUAUUCAUCAAAAAUCACUUUCAUGAAUUAAACUUCACAUUUUUAAUUGAGUUAAUAGAAAUCUUUAUUUAUAUAGCACUUUUCAAAACACAGUUACAAGGUGCUUUACAAGUAAAAAACAUGUUUUAUUAGGGCAAACAAUUAAAACCAAUUGUGGGAUGGAGAGCAAGGCCUUGAAAGUCAACAAUAAAAUCACUAAAAUUCUAGAAGCCAAUGAAGAGAAGCGAAAAUCACAAUUUGCUUUCUUGUAGAUUAAGUGUUAAAAAUAAAUGUACCGCACAAAUGUCCCUGUGGAUUAUAAGGAUUAGUUUGUUUGCAACAACAGGUGAAUAACUGUUGUAUAUGUCAUGUCCAGAAAUCCUCCUUCUCUAAAACCUGGUGAAGGGUUUCAAAGAGUGCAGUGUGGAAUAAGUAGCCUACACACUCUCACAUGUUUCUCUUUCUCUUACACAAGCGGGUGUCCUUGCUGGUUCAAAGCUGUAGUGACGACACUGAACUUUCAUUUUGUCAUUUUGCUGUUGAUUCAGGGCCGACGCCGCAGCAGAACUGUUGGUCAGCUUCAUAUCCUCCUGCACCGUCUCACCUGUUAAGCUAAAGUGCAUCGUAUGUGUCUUCUUCUGGGACUGCAACAUAAACAACGGUUGGUUGACGUUGGAUGUGACGCUCCUCUCAUACCCACGAACGGGGUAAAAUAAAAUCUUCCCCUGACACUGUCUCCCAACGCCGUGCACAGGGGUUAAAUUCUUUUUUCAGACUCUUUCAAAUGAGUUCCCAAGAUCUUCCAAAGGACAAAUUAUUUUUUUUUGUCUGAAACUGUCAUUCCAGUGGACUUAGUCCCUCUUCAAGAAUGAAAGUACUGCUCAAAUCAUUUGUUUUUCCGACUGGUACUGUGGCUCCCCCAUCCCCUACGUCCCACCCACCCCCCAUUAAUGGUGUGAAUGUACAUUUUGAUGAAUGUUUUGUCGGUUGCAGAUCCUUGGUGGUGGCCCCGUGUGGGUGAGAGUGCAUCGUCGGUUUCCACGACGUGCUCUGUCUUACUUUUAAAGAAUUGCUUCCAGUGAGCUUCAACCAAGAGCAACAAUUAGCAUGCACCUAAACUGAAGUUUAUAUAUAGUUUUGCAUAUGCGGUUAAUAGGUGUAUAUUAUGUACAGCCUAGGAAAUAGUUUGUACAGACUGAGUUGUUCACUCUGAUGGUGCUAAACUGAAUGGCAGUUGUGUGCUUUCUGACUGUGUGUCUGUGUGCGUGUAUGAGAGAGAGAGUGAGAGUGAGAGUGAGAGUGAUUUCGACUGUCUCUUUCCCCCAUUCCAACCCCACCUGAGAACAUGGUUAAGUCCAUUACACUGCACUGUCCCUUCUACUUUUCAGCACCAGUUAUAUCCCAUCGUCUGCACUAUGUUUAGCUCAUGAACUUUAGCGUUAUUAUUAUUAUUGACGAUUAUUAUUAUUAUUGCUCUUAUUACUAUUGUUAUUUUCUUAAUUAGAGUUAAAUUUAAAUUAACUUAUAUUUUUUAUACAAAGAAAAAUAAUGUUGGCCUUUUUGUUUUGUACAAAGUGAAACACCCAGAUAAACAAAACGGUCUCGACAUGUUACUGUUAUCCAGAAUAAUUGAGGAAUGUCUCAACUGUAAAUGUAAGAGCAGAAGCCCAAAUGACUUUUAUUAAA